UUCUAUGACUUGAACGUGGACUUGAGAGCCUGCUUACUAACAUGCGUGCAAACUUCUGGGAUGAUAGCGACAGUCCCCAUCCUAAUCGCUCCUAAUCCACACGACAGCCGAUACGGAGCGGCACACCUAGGUCCUAUUCACAUAACGAACGUACAGCACCUUUGGCACACGAUGAGGCCUGCUCCUCCACCUCAUAUGUCUGCCGGGCCUCCGACUGGGUACGCUCCUUUGAGUGGCCCGCAAUACCCUGCCUUCCCGUCAUCGCUAUCCCAUACCGAGCCCUCUCCGCCUGUUAACCGUUCAACGCCGGUUCACAAUACUACAUCCAUCAAUAACCCGGCGCCUAUUAAUCGGCCUGAGCCUGUUGAUCAUCCUGCACCCGUUAACCAAGCCCAGCACACCCCCGGCUAUCAAGCUCCUCCAGUUCCGGGACAUCACCACCACCGCAUACCGCAAUACAACUUCAAUCAACCACCUAUCCCCGCAAACCCACCCAGUAAUUUACAGUAUGACCCCAGCAAUGUGUAUAUUUCGCCCUAUGCACCACCAGUCCUCUUGCAUGCCGCCAAACCAGCUUCGCCCGACCCCGCGAAACCCACGAGCAAGAAUCCUUACCCACACAUUCAAUACACACCUGAAAACUUUCCCCCGGCACCGCCUAUACCACCCAACACUGCACCGGAAGGCCACUUUGAUAUGCUUCCUCCCGCUCCCAGUACGCACUCAUCUUGGGAAAUACUCUAUGCGUAUGCGCAGGAGCAUGCCUCGAUCCAUGGCUACGCCUUCAGUAUCAGCUCAACCGACAAAAGUCGGUUACGAGUGAAGCUGUGCUGCGUAUGCUAUGGCAAGAACAAGAAUACACGCAAACUUACAGACGAACAACGAGUCAGGAGGGCCCGUACCAGCAACAAGACGGGCUGCCGGAUGAAUCUCGAAUGCAAGAAACAUCCUGAUGGCAACUGGACGUUGAGAAUAAGGCAUGGGGCCCACAAUCACGCUGGCAAACCAAGUGAGGCUUGGGCUCUUCAAAGAAGGCGGACGUGGGCUGGGGCAGCUGAGGGUCGUAGUAUCGGUACAGGUGGAAUCCUUGCGCGGGUGGAGAGAUCAAACGGCAGUAACGAUAACGGACAAUCUGCAAGCCAGGGACAGUCAAAUUCGACUGGGGAAUCAAGCACGCUCGACUCGGCAAACCAUAGCCUCAAGCUUGGUAGCCCCGUCUGGAAAAUUAUCGAGCAGGAGAUGCUUACGAAACUUGGCCCUGGCCACGGGCGUGAUCGCGGCGUAGGGAGAACGGUUCGCGUUCUACAGGAAAGAUUGCCAGGCAUCAGCAUAUUCAAACGCGAUAUAUACAACGUCCGCGCGGAAAUCCGUCGCCUGCGGAAAGAAGCAGGGCAGGAAAUCGGCGAAGGACUAGGCGAGAGCGAACAAGAGGGAGAAGAGGAAGAAGAAGAUCAGGAGGAAGGUGCUGAAGGUGAAAAUGCCCAGAAUUUCUCGCAACUCGAUCCAGGACUCGUCGCGCAGUGUGACUCUGUGCUCCAUCAAAUGCAAAGUCCAGACCAAGCUGAGUUGGAACAAUUGCGGAAUGAAGUUCGCGAUCUGAGAGGUUUGCUGGACCGGUAUAAGAAGGAUCUGGAAGAGAAGAAUAGUGAGAAUGCGGGGCUUAGGAUGCAAGUUGAGCUUGCGAACAUGGCCAUGUAUAAUGUGAGAGGGGCUCCAGCUUAGCUGGGUCAAUGACUUGCUUCCCAGCAUGGUAAAAGAUGGAUUGAGGGUGUCCGAAGCAAUGAUGCC